AUGUCUUAUGUUUCCUCGUACCUUUCCCUCAUGCACUCUCACAUAAGCUUUCUUCUCCAACCCAUUUUUCUUCAUGCAUUCUCAGCCAUCAUCCACCUCCUACUGCUGGCUAUAGUUUUGGUUUCAUGGCUUUGGAAGAAGAUCAUCACUGUUGGAGAAACUGGAGAUGACUCCAAUAACAAGCAUCAGAAGCCUUUGAAUAAUGCUGUGUUAAGAAAGACUACUUUGUUUUGUUCUUUAGGUACUUCUGCUUUCAACCUUAUCCUCUGCCUCUAUAGUUACUACUUCUUAGGAGAAAAAGAAAAAGAAGAAGAAAAGCUCGUGACCCAUUUGGAUUUAGGUCUAAAAACUCUUGCUUGGGGUGUUAUUAGUGUUUGCUUGCACCAAAGCUUGCUCUUAUUUAGUUCAGGUGAUGAUAGAAGAAGAUUCUCUUUCAUGUUCAGAGCAUGGUGUGUUUUCUACUUUUUUGUUUCAUGUUACUCCUUUGUAGUGGACUUUGUUCUUCAUUUUUAUGAAAAGCACGUGACUUUACCAGCUCAGGACAUAGUUUCUGAUGUGAUUUCAGCUUCUGUGGGUUUAUUCUUUUGCUAUGUGGUGUGUUUUGUGAAGAAAAUUGAUGAGUGUGAAGAGGAUCAUAUCAUUGAUGAUCUUCAAGAUCCACUACUAUUGAAUAAUGGUAAUGCAACUGUUUGUAGUAAUGCCUCUGGGGCUGACACUGUUACCCCUUUCUCAAAUGCUGGCAUUUUCAGCAUUCUAACAUUCUCUUGGGUGGGCCCUCUUGUUUCUCUUGGCAAAAAGAAAACCUUGGACCUUGAGGAUGUUCCACUUCUUGAUAAAAGAGAUAGUGUGGUUGAAAUUUUUCCAACUUUCAGAGAAAAAGUUGAAGAAGAUUGUGGUGCAAUUAAUCACAUAACCACUCUUAAACUGGUGAAGUUGUUAGUACUAUCAGCAUGGAAAGAGAUUCUCUUCACUGCAUUUCUUGCAUUGUUGAAUGCUUUGGCUUCUUAUGUUGGUCCUUAUCUUAUUGAUGCUUUUGUUCAAUACCUUGAUGGUCAAAGGGUUUAUGAGAAUCAAGGCUAUGGUCUUGUUUCUGCAUUUUUCUUAUCAAACCUUGUUCAGUCCCUAUCACAAAGGCAUUGGUUCUUUAGGUUGCAGCUAGUUGGGAUUAGAAUUCAAGCACUGCUUGUGACUAUGAUCUAUAACAAAGCCUUGACCCUUUCAUGUCAAUCAAAGCAGGGUCAUACUUCUGGUGAAAUGAUCAAUUUCAUGACUGUUGAUGCUGAAAGAGUUGGAACCUUCACUUGGUAUAUGCAUGAUUUGUGGAGGGUAGCUUUGCAAAUUGUCUUAGCUUUGUUGAUUUUGUAUAAAAGUGUUGGUCUUGCUUCAAUUGCCGCGUUUGUGGCCACUGUUGUCGUCAUGUUGGUAAAUGUUCCUUUGGGAAAAAUGCAACAGAAGUUUCAGAAAAACUUGAUGGAUUCAAAGGACACAAGAAUGAAGGCAACAUCUGAGAUUCUAAGGAACAUGAAGAUCCUCAAACUACAAGGAUGGGAAAUGAAGUUUCUAUCUAAGAUAAAUGAGCUUAGGAAAGCUGAGGAAGGGUGGUUAAAGAAAUCUGUAUACAAUUCAGCUAUCAGUGCUUUUGUGUUCUGGAUUGCUCCGUCUUUUGUAUCUGUUGUUACUUUUGGUACAUGUAUGGUUAUGGGGAUUCCACUUGAAUCAGGGAAGAUCUUAUCAGCACUUGCUACAUUUAGAAUUCUUCAAGGUGCCAUAUAUAAUAUUCCAGAAACAAUAUCAGCUAUAGUACAAACUAAGGUUUCUCUUGAUAGGAUUUCUUCUUUCCUUCGUCUCGGUGACUUGAAAUCUGAUGUUGUAGAGAAGCUUCCUUUAGGUACUUCUGAUAAAGCAAUCGAAGUAACUAAUGGAAACUUCUCUUGGGAUCCAUCUUCUCCAAAUACAACAUUGAAGAACAUAAAUUUUGAAGUUUUCCAUGGCAUGAGGGUUGCUGUUUGUGGGACAGUUGGAUCAGGAAAAUCUACAUUGCUAUCUUGUAUAUUGGGAGAGGUACCGAAGGUUUCGGGCACUCUAAAAGUGUGUGGAACAAAGGCCUAUGUUGCUCAAUCACCAUGGAUACAAAGUGGAAAGAUAGAGGAUAAUAUACUGUUUGGUAAAGAGAUGGAUAAGGAAAAGUAUGAGAAGGUUCUUGAAGCUUGUUCCUUGAAGAAGGAUCUUGAGAUUUUAUCAUUUGGGGACCAAACAAUUAUAGGUGAACGUGGGAUAAAUUUGAGUGGUGGACAAAAACAAAGGAUUCAAAUAGCACGUGCUUUAUAUCAAGAUGCUGAUAUAUAUCUGUUUGAUGAUCCUUUUAGUGCUGUGGAUGCUCAUACAGGAUCUCAUCUCUUUAAGGAAUGUUUGCUAGGCCUUUUAAGAUCAAAGACAGUGAUUUAUGUUACUCAUCAAGUUGAGUUCUUACCGGCUGCUGAUCUUAUAUUGGUAAUGAAAGAUGGGAAGAUUACUCAAUGUGGAAAGUAUGCUGAUCUGCUUAACAAUGGAACUGAUUUUAUGGAACUUGUUGGUGCACAUAAAAAAGCUUUGUCUACACUUGAUUCAGAUGAAGGAAUAAUAUCCAAUGAAAUAAGUACCUUGGAACAAGAUUCAGAUUUUCCUAUUUCUCAGGGUGGAGAAGAAGAAGAGGAAAAGAAAGAUGAGCAAAAUGGUAAAACUGGUAACAAAGGUGAUGAGGCAAAAGGCCAACUUGUUCAAGAAGAAGAAAGAGAGAGUGGUAGAGUUGGAUUUUCAGUGUAUUGGCAAUAUAUUACUAUGGCAUAUGGAGGUGCUCUUGUUCCUUUCAUUCUGUUGGCUCAUACUCUCUUCCAAGUUCUUCAAAUUGGAAGCAACUAUUGGAUGGCUUGGGCAACACCAAUCUCACAAGAUGUCGAGCCACCUGUUUCUGAAACAACUCUUAUAGCAGUCUAUAUUGCUUUGGCUGUUGCAAGUUCUUUCUGCAUUCUUGCAAGGACUACAUUAUUUGCCACUGCUCUAUGUAAGACAGCUACCAUAAUCUUCAAUAAGAUGCACUUCUGCAUUUUUCGUGCUCCAAUGGCAUUCUUUGAUUCCACUCCAAGCGGCCGAAUUCUUAAUAGAGCUUCUACUGAUCAAAGUUCAGUGGACACUGAGGUUCCUUAUCAGUUUGCUUCAUUUGUUUUUCCACUGAUCCAACUUGUGGGAAUUAUAGCAGUGAUGUCUCAAGCUGCAUGGCAAGUUUUUAUUGUCUUUAUACCUGUGAUUGCAAUCAGCAUUUGGUAUCAGCAAUAUUAUUUGCCAGCAGCUCGAGAACUAUCGCGUUUAGUUGGAGUAUGCAAAGCUCCAAUCAUUCAGAACUUUUCUGAGACAAUUUCCGGUACACCAACCAUCAGAAGCUUUGAUCAGCAGUCCAGAUUUCAGGAAAAGAAUUUGAAACUGAUCGACAGAUAUUCGCGACCAGAGUUCAAUAGUGCUGCUGCAUCUGAAUGGUUGUGCUUCCGUUUAGAUAUAUUGUCUUCUAUCAUCUUUGCAUUUUCCUUGAUAUUCUUGAUAUCCAUUCCAGAAGGAUUCAUAGAUCCAGGCCUUGCUGGUUUAUCUGUUACCUAUGGACUAAAUUUGACCACAAUAAAUGCUUGGGUGAUAUGGAGUCUUUGCAGUUUGGAGAACAAUAUUAUAUCAGUGGAAAGAAUACUUCAGUAUACUUCCAUUCCUAGUGAGCCUCCCCUUGUUGUCGAAGAAAAUCGACCGGAUCCUUCUUGGCCUUCACACGGCGAGGUUAAUAUACAUGACUUGCAGGUUCGUUAUGCUCCACACCUUCCACUUGUGUUGCAUGGCCUCACAUGCACAUUUCGCGGAGAAUGGAGAACUGGAAUUGUUGGUAGAACAGGAAGUGGCAAAACAACUCUCAUACAAACUCUUUUCCGAAUCAUUGAACCAGCUGCUGGAGAAGUUGUGAUUGAUGGCAUCAACAUCUCUUCAAUAGGACUUCAUGAUUUGAGGUCUAGAUUAAGCAUUAUUCCUCAGGAUCCAACCAUGUUUGAAGGGACUGUGAGAAACAAUCUGGAUCCACUAGAGGAGUACACAGAUGAACAAAUUUGGGAGGCCCUUGAUAAGUGUCAACUUGGUGAUGAAGUUAGAAAGAAAGAAGGAAAGCUGGACUCUCCAGUUAGUGAGAAUGGUGAGAAUUGGAGCAUGGGACAGAGGCAAUUGGUGUGCCUAGGUAGGGUGCUUCUGAAGAAGAGCAAGGUAUUGGUACUCGACGAAGCGACUGCAUCAGUUGAUACUGCCACGGACAAUUUAAUUCAACAAACUCUUAGGUUGCAUUUCACUGAGUCCACAGUCAUAACCAUUGCGCAUAGAAUCACUUCUGUUCGUGACAGCGAUAUGGUCUUGCUUCUUCAUCAAGGACUAAUUGAGGAGUAUGAUUCACCUUCAAAAUUGCUAGAGGAUAAGUCAUCAUCUUUUGCUCAACUUGUUGCAGAGUAUACAAUGAGAUCUAAGUCCACUUUUCAGAAAUGA